AUGCACCUCCAGGAGCAUGAGAAGCAACCAGUUGCAGCGGAACCAGCAGGUGCUGCUCAAUCAGCAGCACCUGCUGGCUCACGGAUGAGUCAGCAGGAACAGCAGCAGCAGCAGCCGCAGCGGAUGCCUCGAAUGUACAGCACGAGCAGUACAGCUGCUGCUGCCGGUGCCCCACGUGCUUUGGGAAGGAGCACAGACAGCAGCAGCUCGCUGCGGCAGCGAUUCUACUGGGAUGUGGAUAAGGACGAAGUAACUUUUGCGAGCAGCAACACCGACAGCAGCACUAGCACCGCCAAGCUACAUGCAUCGGCAGAGUUUUCUCAGAUGGCGCAGCGAGAAGCAGAGGAUCCUCUGCCUUCCCAUAUUCUGGGGGAAGUUGUUGAGCGCAAGCCUAUCACCAGUGGCAGCACCAUACCUCCACCCUACACGGGGGGAAGCAGCAAGUUUGCGGCUAGCCGGCAUCCUGCCUUUCCUAAGGCCGUUCAUCGCAGCAUGCAACAGCCACAGAGGCAGCCAGUGUCUGCCGAUCCAGCGCCGCACGGAGCAGAAGCUGCUUGCGCAGAUGCAGCAGCAGCAGCACGUGCGGCUGGGAGUACACCUGCAGAAGCAGGUGGAGAAGCGCCCGAAGCAAAAAUAGUUCAUUUGCCCGCAGGUGCUGCGUUUAUGUUUGAUUCCCGAGAAGCAGCAAAGCUUCAGUGGACGGAUCCAGUGCUUGAGGAGGGUCCUGAUGCUGCUGCUCUCUUGCAGCAGUACGAAAACCAGAAGAAAGAGCAGCAGUUUGCCGAUGCUGCACAUGUCCCUCUCCUGCAGCAGCAGCAGCAACAGCUAGCGGCUCUACGGUUCGACUUUAAUGGACGUCUGCGCACAGACGUAUGGGGGCUACACGCAGCUACAGCUGCAGUCGUGGCGCUCUGGCAGCAGCUUUUACUGCCACAAGAGCAGCACAACCCGCAAAAUGCAGUAACUGCUGCUGCUGCUGCUGCUGCGGACGAAGCUGGUGUGUGCGCGUGGCUGACGCCGUCGGAUGCUGCAGCAGUAACAACAGCAGCAGAAGCAGCCGCAGCAGCGGCAACAGACCCUCUGGAUCGCCACAAGGGACUGCAUCACCAUGGGCGGCAACCAGAAGCGGCAGGCUACACUUUGGAGGAGUCUGUGAUGCUCGCGCACAGUGCGGCACCGGCUCAGCGGGCUUUAGCUGUCCGUACACUCGGUCAGCUGGUGCUUGCUGCAAGGGCAUUGUGCCUCUUCCCCAAUCCUGCCUUAUCUCCUACAUCUCCCCCGGGAGAAAAGGGAGAGGCUUUUGCUGCCCUGAGGAAGCUGCUGUCACCCUUGUUGCCUCAACGUCAACCGCAGAACCAACAGCAGUUUGUGCUGCGAGGAGGGUUCGGCUUUGGACUAGGCCGCUUCCUGCGCUUCUUAUUUCUGGACGAGCAUCUGCUGUUUCGGCUUUGUGGAGCCCUCAUGGCGGAGUCUGCUACAGUUGCAGCGGCGGCAGCAGCAAGUGUUGCGAACUUGUUGCUGCCCAUCCACCCCACACGCCGUAUAGGGCCGUUGAAAGAGCAGCGUCUGCUGCAACUGCUGCUGCAGGAAGAGCAAGCAGCUCCGGACUCAGGUGCUGCUGCGGCGGUGUAUCUACCAGCAGUAGACACGAGCCUCUGCUGUGCAGUCGCAAAGCCGUUCCUCUCUUACCUCAGGCGGCACAGAAAAGUGGCGUUAGCGAAACCAUCAGCUGGGGAUUCGGGAGAGUCAGUAGCAGCAGGAGGCGUCUGCAGCUGUUUUUGGGGCAUGUCUGAUUCUGUAGCUGCGGACGAGGAGCCUGCACUGUUUCCCCUCGGAGGUGUUGACCUCCUGGGGUGUAUGUACGCCUCAAAGCCCCUGUGGCCAGCUGCGGGGGGGGCAGCAGCAGCAGAUGCACGCAUCUGUUUGGGCCCUGGUAGUGCCUGGGCUGCCCUAGCCACCCGCUGGAAAGAUCUUUCACCUCAACAGCAACGGAAUUAUUUGGACGAGCCGCUGGGAGAGUCCUUUGGAAGACACCCGCAUGCAGCGGCAGUAGACUUUGCGCUGCUUCUGCCGCGUGUUGCCAUGUUGCUGCGGCGCUGCUGGGGUGUAGCUGACGAAGAGCAGGACCUGGUGCGCUUGCUGUGCGGAAUCUGCGUGGGAGGGCCACAGCAGGUUCAGCAAAUUCUGCAGCAGCCAGAACUUUUGCAGCAGCUGCUAUUGCUGGCAGACGGACUAUUGCUGGGGGGGGAGACACGCCGCAGACGUCGGGCUGCAGCGAUGAAGCACCUCCUGCCUGUGGCGGAGCCUAUACUCAGCAACACCGGUACCACGAGCAACAUGGGUGUUUCCGAGGAAGAGACAGAUGAGUACAACCUAGACGAGCAGCGAUUGGUGUUGCAGCUGCUGCUGCUUCUGCGUAUCUGCGCGAUCCGCGUGGAACGCAUGCAGCAUCUGGAAUGUCUUUUUGGCUGCCUGGAACUUGAGGGGAUCGAUGACUCCAGCAGCACCAGCGGCACUACAAGUAGCGUUUUAGGAUUGGUGCUUCAGUGCCUUAUGACGGUCGUCCAGCAGCCGCAGCUGCAGCUUUUUGAGCCGAAGCAGAAGAAACAGCAGAAACAAGGCCGACAGGAAGAUUUGGAGCACUUCGAGCUGCUUCCCGUUCCCUCGGUGCUGCGUAUCGCAGCAGCAGCAGCAGCAGCAAGAUUGCUGCGGGUUCUGCAUCAGAGAGGCAGCUGCGCUGUACCGCUGCAGCCACUGCUGCCUGCAUUCGCUGCUCACGUAAAGGCAUUUUGUCGGCGGUUGCAGGAGCUCAAUGGCCAUCUCUUGCUGCAGCAGCUCUCAUCGCCCUCAAACGCAGCAGCAGGUCUGUCCACUAGCGCGGACGAGACCUGUUGGUCGUUGUGUAUGGAACAUUCCCAAACCGGGAGCACCGAUGGUGGAGGAAGCGACAGGAUAAGAGAAAAAGCGCGCCAGCUGUUGCGGUUUGAAGGCGAACUUGUGCUACAGCUACUCCUAUGGGUAGGAGAUGCGCUCAGUGCGAGCUUCCUGCAGGCUUCACUUCUGCUCUCGGCAGCAAGUGAUCUUCUUGCUAGCUUGCAGCCGUUGCAAACUCAUGAGCCAGAGUCGUGUAGCAGGCUCGCUACGGCUGCUGUGUGGGUGCUGCUGCGGUGUACGGACGCUGCGCGAUGGAGGCACAAGGACGGCACAAUCGACGAAGAGGCUCUGGAAGCAGCAGCGUCUGCGCCAUGUGAUGAUCCUGGCGCUGCACUUGCAGCGGCAGCAGCAGCAGCCAUCCAGGGAGACACGGAAAAGCUGCUGCUGCUUGAGCGCUGGCGUAUCGCAAUGGCAUCUCCUUUGCACCUGCUGCUGGGACCUCCGGGUGGUGAUGUUAUUGCAGAUUGUGGCAACACCACCUGUAGCUUCAGCAAGAUGGGGUACUGGGGUGCAGCACUAAAUCGUGUGCUUCUUCUGUUUCAAGGAUGCAAAGGAACGGUGGGAGAGCCCCCAAAUACACUCCUGAGUACACCAGCAGUGGAUGAAACUGCAGAAAUGGCGCAAGCGGAUUGGGCUGCCACACGUGCUAUGCGUUCCGUCGCCGGUGCAGUUUCAUCGUACUUGUCCGAGACAGGAUGGACGCUCGCCACGCGUUGCUGUUCGCCGCAAACCAGGAUGCAGUUUCCCUGCAAUUGUGUUGCAUGUAAAGGCAGAAGCAGCAGCUCUAAAAAGCCUAACACCACCAGCGGCAUGCACUGCAGCAAGGGCGCCGCAUGCAGCACCUGGAUCAUUCCGACGACAUCUGAGAGCUUUGCUGUAGUGUCUGCUGAUGCGUUUCAGGCCGCACGUGUAGCUGCGGCUGCAUCGUUAUUGACUGCCUCUGCUGACGCCCCUUCUCAUGAAGCUGAGAUAGGGGCGUCUUGUCAGCUGCUGGACCCCAGAGGCGUUGAGAUGUUGCUUGUAGACGUGCAGCUGCUGCGUGGCAUCUGUGAGGCUUUUUCUGCAUGCGCAGCCUUGCUUGUCGACGUAGGACAGGAAGUGGAUGCCAAGCCUAGCAGCACGAAGGGUGCCAGCGUGGAUGGCUGGGGUGUAUGGGUUAGAGAAUCAAGCGUGCUGUUGAAGCGGCCUCUGGUACAGCGAUUUGCUGCUGAGGCAAUGGUGCUUGCGAAGAGCCUCACGCUAUUACUGGAGACACUCCAUGAGAAGCUGCGUAUGCCUCAACAACCUCAGCAGCAGCAGGGGCAGCAGCAAGGAGAAAGAGACCUGACGCCCUUUCUUCACUCAGCAGUCAUCUCGACAGCUCCAACAUUACCACAAGACGAUAUUGCAGCAUGCGCCCUUGCUGCUCUUGACGCUGUAUCGAUCUGCUUCCGCUACCUUGACUCCGCAGAGAUAGAGCCGCGGCAGCAACAAGCGCACCGUGAGCUAUCCCUCCGCUGCGUAGUCGCUGCGCUUGCGAACGCAGCAACGACGAAGACGGUGUUGAAAGCAUUUGGCCAUCUCGGGGUAUACCUGCAGCAACAUGAAUGUGAGAGCAGCAGCAGCGGGGACACAGCAGAGAAGGCCAAGUCCUGCGUGUGGGGGGCAGCAGCAGAGACCAUUGUCGGUUGUUCUAAUACAGCAGAGUGGGAUAUGGACAGUGUGCAGCAGCUACACGCUGCACUUACUGCUGCAGCACAGCAGCAGCAGCAGCAGCAGCAGACUCAGGUACCUCUCUUAGUUGCAGACAUUGAGCACUAUCUGGAACAGGGGAAACAGCACUCAAGGAUGACAGAGACGCUAGACUCUGCCCUUUUUGUCUCUGCCAUUGACAUGAUGGCAGGGGCUCCCCUGUGGGGCGCUUUGCUGCGGAACGCAGCCGAUCCAGUAGCAGCAGCACGGGGGCGUAUCUCAACCAAAGUGACGCAGCAUUUGCGGCGGUUGCUGCUUGUACAGUCGGCUGCUCUGGGCCACGCAGUGUCGCGCGUAGCCACACCAGGUUACUGUAUGGGGGGUCUGCUUCGUUGUAUGCAGCUACAGCAAGAGACUCGGCAAUCACAGCAGCAGGGUCAACAGCCCGAGCCGGUUGAUAUGCCCGGUGAUUGGCUUCAGGAGUGGAAGCUGUUCGAUGUUUUCCUCUUGCAGCCUAUGGGAACUGCAUGGGUUGCACCCCUCGCAGCUGAAACAGGGCAGCCAUUGGAUGCUAACGAUUCUGCUGCAUAUGCAAAGGCCUCUGAUUGGAGAAAGGCCAUGCAAGCAGCAGCUGAUGCCUGUGCAGAAGAUGUGGAAAAAGCAGCGGCAGCUGCUGCUGCUGCUAAUGCAUUGUCCAUGCGGCAGUCAGCCGACCGGUUACGCCUAGCAGCGUCCCGGGUAGCAGUAGGAGGCGAAGUGUAUAUUUGCUGUUGUGAAUCAGCAAGCAGCUUUGCAGCACGAGGGGCUUUGGAAUUGCUGCAGCAGAUGCAGGCCUCAGCAGCUCCCGAGCCUCAGCAAUUGUUGUUGUUAUUAUUGUUGGGAAGCUCCCUUAUGCCACGUGCAGCUCGUGAACAGGUGUGGGGAGAUGAGGGGGCGUUGGCUGUACUAGACAGAAACUCAGUGCUUCUGGACACCAAAGCAGCAGCCAGUGCAGCAGCAACAGUAGAAGACAGCACGUUCGAGGCAGUGUUGCGUUUCGCGGCUACCAUGCAAUGGGGAUUUCGAACACCUCAGAAUGAAUGGCAGCUUUGUUGCAGUGCAGCCAGCAACUGUAUGCUCAUGUUGCUUCUCUGUGGUUUCCACAACGCCACAAAGGACGAAGCCCUCCAGCGACAGCAACGGGCUCACCUGCGGAGGCAGCUAGGGACUAGCGGGGGCCUAGCUUCUGCAGCAGCGGCAGCAGCUAUGGCGACGGCAGGUACAUGA